AUGGAAUCUUUGCCGAAACAGUUCGUUUCAGCGAUGCGAACAUUAUUUGAUAUAAUGGAUGACAAACAAACUGGGUAUGUUAUGUUAACAGAUAUAGAAAACCGGUGGCGAGAUGACCGUACAAAGGGAUUGCCCCAUGGUGUUAUUGAAAGCCUUCAAAAAGUUGCUUCCCAUGAUGGGUUUCUAACGUUUGAGAGCUUUUGUACUGGACUUAAAAUAUGCCUUUUACGGAAUCAGGUUCAAUCUUCGUCUAAGCAAAUAAGUAAUGAAGAAUCUGAACCUUCAUUUCACCCUCAAGUAAGUGUUCAAGAUAAAAGGCCACCUUCAGUUCCCAUAAUGGACAUUAAUAAUCCACAGCGAGAAAGAAACUGGACGUCAAUAAAAACAACAGGAUCACAUCGCACUCAUAGCAUGCCACAUCUAGCUGAAAACAAAAAUUUGCACGAAAAAUCACCCCUCGAGACAGCCAUCUCCAAAUACGAUUUAUUACAAAGUGGCCACGGUCCCCCAAAGCCACCUAGGUUAGACAAACCUGCUAUCGAAACUGUAGAAAAUACUAGAAUUUUAUCGGAACCAGAAAACAUAAGAGAUAAUAAAUUAGAUAUACCAGAGAUAUCCAGAAUGUUAGAGGGUCAAGGAAGAGGAUUAGGAGAUGGACGCUCAGCAUCUGGAUCUCAGUCAUUCUUGAGCCGCACUACGUCGCGGAGAAGAGAGCCUCGUCGGCACACUCUACAUAAUGGGAUAGACUACAACCUUAUCAAAAAAAUGAAACAAAUAGAACAAGAGAAGGAUAUUUUACUUCAGGGACUUUCGGCUGUAGAAGAAGCUCGCGAAUGGUACCUUAAGCAAUUGGCGGAAGUACAAGAUAAAAUCCGUUAUACUGGACGAAUGGGCGCUUAUGUGGAACCCUGGAAUGAAGCACAGCAAGAGCGACUAGAACUUUUGCGAGCUCGAAUACUUGAACUAAACCGACAAUUAGGGGCGCUAGCUUCAGCAACCGGGUGGCGUCACUGGCCCUUGUCACUUCACAUGAACCUUGCGUUACCAGCGUCAAUAUUCAAUCCUCCUAAUAGCACACCAAAUAAUGCUACAGUGCUUAGGACACAGAAUCGGAUGCUAGCCGAGGAAGUUAACAGAAAGAAUGAAAGGAUAUCAAUAUUGGAACGAGAGAAAUCAGCACUCAUAAGAGAGUUACUACUUCAAAGGAAUAGAACUAAAAUUAUUGAUAAUUUUGGCUAA